GCUGAGCGGUGUUCAGCACGGACAGCCAGCACCGCACGACCCAGCGCACAGCUUACCUGGCCCUGGUUCUCCCCUUUUCGGGCGAAAAAGUGCGGACCGACGAAGAGACCUGACCUCACCAUGCCAGGUAGAGAGUAAAAGGAGCGUUGGAUCGUGAGGAGCAGGGGAGUAAUACUGCGUGUGUGCUUGGGGUGGCCUCUCCAUCGCGGUGAACACCUUUCGGGCUCGGAGCGCGCUCGGACGCACGUAUGAUGAUGGACGGCUGGCCGCCGCUGCUGCUGCUGGCUCUCCUCGCCAUUGCGGGAGGCGGCCUCGGGGCAGACACAGAGGAGCGGUUGGUGGAGCAUCUCUUGAACCCUGCCCACUACAACAAACUGAUCCGUCCUGCGACGAAUGGCUCCGAGCUGGUUACCGUGCAGCUGAUGGUGUCGUUGGCCCAGCUCAUCAGCGUGCAUGAAAGAGAGCAAGUUAUGACCACCAAUGUCUGGCUAACACAGGAGUGGCAGGACUAUCGUCUGACUUGGGUCCCUGAGGAGUUUGAUGGGAUGUUGAAGGUCAGGCUACCCUCAAAACACAUAUGGCUGCCUGACGUGGUGCUCUACAACAAUGCUGAUGGGGUGUACGAGGUGUCAUUCUACUCUAAUGCGGUGGUCUCCUACGACGGCAGUAUCUUCUGGUUGCCCCCAGCCAUCUACAAGUCAGCCUGUAAGAUCGAAGUCAAGCACUUCCCCUUUGACCAGCAGAACUGCACGCUGCGCUUCCGCUCCUGGACCUACGACCGCACCGAGAUCGAUCUGGUGCUCCGCGCUGAUGUGGCCAGCAUGGACGACUUCACGCCCAGCGGUGAGUGGGACAUCAUCGCCCUGCCAGGCAGACGAAACGAGAACCCAGCUGACCCCACCUACGUGGACAUCACGUACGACUUUAUCAUUCGCAGGAAGCCUCUUUUUUACACCAUCAACCUCAUCAUCCCGUGCGUGCUCAUCACCUCGCUGGCAAUCCUGGUCUUCUACCUGCCCUCUGACUGUGGAGAGAAGAUGACGCUCUGCAUCUCCGUGCUGCUGGCUCUCACUGUGUUCCUGCUGCUGAUCUCCAAGAUUGUCCCACCCACUUCACUAGACGUCCCUCUCGUGGGGAAGUACCUGAUGUUCACCAUGGUCCUGGUCACUUUCUCUAUCGUCACCAGUGUGUGUGUGCUGAAUGUACACCACCGCUCGCCCACCACACACACCAUGCCCCCUUGGGUUAAACUGGUGUUCCUCAACAAGCUUCCGGCCUUGCUCUUCAUGCGCCAGCCCAGGAACAGCUGCGAGCGCCAGCGCCUGCGCCAAAGAAGGAGGGCCCAAGAGCAGAAGGAGGGUGGGCGCAGCGGGGAGGCGGGGGCCUUGAUGGUGGGGCUCGGGCUGGGCGGCACUGGCGGGAACGGAGGGGGAACCUCCACAGGGGUGUUCAGCAAGGAAGACAAUGACCCUUGUACCUGCUAUGUGAACCGGGCGUCUGUUAAACAGUUUGGAGGGGAUCUGGGAGGUGCAGGAGGGGGAUCCUUGGAUGGUCUAAACAGGGUGAGGGAGGGCCGGGAAGGGGGCUCUGGAAACCUGCCGCGGGGGAAGCAAGCAGCAGGAGGUCCUGCUCUGACUCAGGCCCUGCUGGCUCAAGCCUGUCCGGGCUUUGAGGAGGCUGUGGAAGGAGUACGCUUCAUCGCUAACCACAUGAAGAGUGAGGAUGAUGAUCAAAGUGUGAGCGAGGACUGGAAGUACGUUGCCAUGGUGAUCGACCGUCUCUUCCUGUGGAUCUUUGUGUUUGUGUGCGUGUCCGGCACAUUAGGCAUGUUCAUGCAGCCGCUUUUCCAGAAUUACACAGUCAAGACCAUCACCAGCUCGCCAGGCUGACCAUUGCCAGGCCGAGAACAUGCUGACCUGACAGCGCCCCCCGACCAAUCAGCACAGCAGGACAAGAGCCGGAGGUGGGCGGGGGGCGGGUCUGGGUUUUAUUGUGUCUACUGAACUGGAAAACAGAACUGGAACUGAACAGCAAUCACGCCCAUUACCUUUAUAGUAACGUUUUUUGCAACGAACAACUGUUUUUCUUGAAUGAAGAAAAAGGUAAACACCAUCAUACUCUUACAGUACCUGCAGUUUUUUGUCCAGAUGUUUAAUGGACUGACCUCCCCUUUCUGGUGGAAAGGUCCCUCCCUGCUCUCCUCUUCAGCCAGUCAGGGAGCGAGGAUGCUUUGAUUCCUUGUUGAACCUUACGCCAGCCUAUGAACACUUCCGCUCCGCACUAUCGACGCUGACUGCCUAAUUGACACAUUACAUGCCCGCCUUCAACUAUGACUUUACUCAUCCUUAAUAUUGACUGAUGUCAGAGGGAGCUAAUCAGAAAGGGAAGGGAUGUUCAUAUCAAGGUUCUUAUGCAUUUAUUUAAUUUUUUCAGAAAUCCACUAUGCCAGUGAACUGAUUUAGUAUA